AUGCUGACAUUGUUGAUUGCGUUGGCUUCGGCGUUCUUUACUCAUGUCAUUGGAAUUUAUGCCAUAUUUGGGGGCUUCCUCAUUGGCCUUAUCUGUCCUCAUGAAGGCAGUUUUGCCAUCAAAUUGACCGAGAAGAUUGAGGGUCUGGUUGCUGCCCUUUUCCUGCCUCUGUACUUCACCUUAUCCGGUCUUAGUACCAAUCUAGGCUUGUUGGACAACGGAACGGUCCGGGGCUACGUGAUAGGCAUUAUCGCCAUUGCCUUCUCGGCCAAGGUCAUUGGCGGCGCGGUCGCCUCUCGUUUUUGUGGCAUGUUAUGGCGUGAGAGCUUCACCAUUGAUGUUUUGAUGAGUUGCAAAGGGUUGGUGGAACUGAUUGUCUUGAAUAUCGGUCUGCAAGCCAAAAUCCUCAGUGUACGGAUAUUCACCAUGUUCGUUGUCAUGGCACUUGUCACCACCUUCAUGACAACUCCUCUGACAGUUUCGCUUUACCCAAAUUGGUACCUGUUUGGCAGUGUAUUGGUUUUACAGGCUGGUUUUGGUUACCUACCCAACAAUUUUCAUUUAUAG